AUGGGUCUCGCUGGCGAGAACUUGGACGCCGUUCACCAUCACCAGAGACACAGACAAGAGGGAGGCGCCGAUCCUCCAUCAUUCUGCGGUAUUCUCUCCAUUCGGCCCCAAAAUGCAGGGUGGAAGGAACAUGGCUCCAUUCGUCCAGCAAGGGCUGCAGACUCAACACGCGGACAACCUCUCAGAUGGCAAAUCCUUCGUCUCAUGCCAUAUGGUCUGGAUUAUUCUACAAUCCUUAUUAUGAUUGCCAUCUCGUAUGAUGUGGCCCUUUUCUUUCUUUCUUUCUUUCUCUUCGUCCCUCGUAGUCCAUCGACUAAUCGAUCGCCAAACGGUGCGGCUGUUCCCUCCUCCAAAAGGGUACGGUUGGACGCUGUGGCUCAUUGGAGAAGUCCUAGCUGGGUGACUGGGGGGAAAACGGGACCGGGCCCGAAAUCUGAAGCUUUCCGAGUCUCAAACCGAAGGGUCAUACCGUUCUCUCCAAGCGCCCUUAAUACAUUGACUAGAUGCAAUACUGCUAGACACGAGACGAACACUUCCAUCUGGGUCGACCCCCAUCGGCUCCAGAUGGGUAGAUUCCCCGUGUGCGGCGGCGGUGGCGGAUGCCACCCGACAGACAGACAGACAGAACCAACGAUUCUGGAUCCAGUAAAUAUCUAUAAGAGAGGUUUGGGGAUAGACUCCGUUCUCGGUCUGUUUCGUCGCGGCACAAAGGGACGCAUCCCCACUUGGAGCGCCUCUUGGCGACCGUUCUGCCGCCUCAAACUCGGAACGUCGCCAGCCGCGUCUCCGACCUCAAUUGAUGGCGUACGAACAAGCUCAAAUUGGCCCGGGACCCAGUCUCCCACUGCUCAUCGUCAUUUAAAAUGA